UGCUAAGAUUGGAGUGAAAGUUACAGCAGAGGCGCCGCUCCUCUCUCUCUCUUAAUCUCUAUCCACCGCACUACUCUCUGAGUUCCGUCUCACUUCAACGGCGGAGCGGAUCCGACGUCGUUUGGAGCGUCUUCAUUUUACUGCUUCUUCAAUCAGGAUUCUGCGUUGUAAAUGAAGGCCCAUGGACUCUGGCCUUGGUGUUGGGGUGAGGGAUAGUUCUGCGGAUGCGGUCAUAGGGGAAUGUGAUCCUACUGCACUAGUGGAUGCUAGUGUGAAUCAGAUACGUGAAGUUUCAAGCUUCUCGUAUGAUGCUGAGGGGGUCUUUGUUGGUGAAGAUGUGUCGUUGAGUCGGGAAGCUUCUUCUACUGAGAAAGAUGGUAUGGAUGUGGAUAGUGAGAGCACAUAUAGCUGCCUCAAUUCUUCGUCAUCAGAGGAAAAAGGUUUUGAUAGCAAUGGUAAACAUGAGUUCGCGAGCCAAAAUGGUUGUUUAAACAAUGAUACCAAUCACGAGUGUCAGAGUCCUACGAUAUGCAUCAGUGGCAAUAAUGGGAGAGAUAUUGAGGGUGAGCAAGAUAACCGUAGUUCUGGUGUUUCCUCCGACAAUCAGCUGGGAAUGGAUACUGAUGAUAAACGAGUUUUUAUAGCUGAAACCCCUUCUAAUGCCUCAUCUGGAUCCAUUCAAGAUGUAAGAGAUGAAGCUGACGAGUACAUAGUGCCGGAACUUGGGGUGGAGUUUGUAACUGAGGAGCAUGCGCACAAGUGUUACAAUAGAUAUGCUCUGAUUGAAGGUUUCAGCAUCCGAAAAGAUUUUGUUAAUAAAAGUAAGGUUACUGGCUUGGUCGUAUCAAGGAGGUAUACAUGCCACAGACAAGGCUAUGGAUCCAGUAAGCGUGAUAUGAACACAAAACCCCGGAAAGAAACAAGAACUGGUUGUCUAGCUCACAUGACCAUUACACGUCAAACAAAUGGCAAAUAUCGUGUCAUCCAUUUUGAGACAAGGCACAAUCAUGAGUUUGUGACACCAUUCACAGCCCAUUUGCUACCAUCUCAGAAGCGGAUAUCCUUUGUUGAGGCUGUUGAGGCCGAAUCAGCUGCUGCUCCAGUGCCAGAUGGAGUUCCAAAGCUGGGUAUGGGUUUUGAAUCGGAGGAUCAUGCUUAUGAAUUCUACAAUGCAUAUGCUGGGAGACUAGGUUUCAGUAUUCGAAAGGAUUAUGUGAACAGGAGUAAAGUAGAUGGAGCUGUGGCAUCUAGAAGAUAUACUUGUUUCAGAGAAGGUUAUAGGCAGAACGACAAAAGAGGUUUAAAAGUGAAGAGACCUCGAAAGGAAACCAGAGUUGGGUGCAUGGCACAAUUAGUCAUUUCUCGUCAGGCUGAUGGUAGAUACCGUGUUACCCACUUUGAAGAACGCCACAAUCAUGAGCUUGUACCUGCCUGUAAAGUUCGCAUGCUGCGAUCACAGAGGAGGUCUAUGACAAAUCAAAUUGUGGAAGCAUCUGCAUCUGGAGCUUCUGAUAUGCUGCCAAAGUCAGUUGCUGAGAUGUUACUAACAGGAGUAGGAGGUCAGGAUGAUCCCAUUUUUGAUCCCAUAGAUCAUGAGAUGAAUCUUACAUCCAAACGUGCGUGGAACAUGACGCAUGAAGAAGCUGAAAGUUUCCACCAGUAUUUCCAGAGCAAGAAUCUGAAGGAUCCAUCUUUUGUUUAUGCUGUACAACUUGAUGUUGAAGAGGAAAUGACCAAUUUCUUCUGGGCCGACGAGAAGAUGCUGGUGGACUAUGGGGAUUUUGGUGAUGUAGUUUGCUUUGAUACAACAUACCGUCUCAACAAAGAUUGGCGGCCUUUAGUCCUGUUUCUUGGAAUAAAUAAUCAUAAGCAGAUACUGGUCUUCGGUGCUGGAUUUCUUUAUGAUGACACAGCUCAGUCUUUCAAGUGGCUACUGAGAACUUUCAUAAAAACAAUGUCCGGAAAAAUCCCAAAGACUGUUCUCUCUGAUAAAGAUGCUGUUUUAUCGCAAGUAAUCAGCUCUGAACUGCCUAAAACUCAACACGGGUUAUGCACAUGGCAAAUAUAUCAAAAUGCACUCAAACAUCUCAACCAAGUAGUUGCCAGCUCAGAUUCUUUUUCCAGCGAUCUAUGUGGUUGCUUUCUCCACUCGGAUGAGGAAGACUUUGUUAACUCCUGGAAAGUCAUGCUGGAUGCUUACAGUCUAUGGGAAAACGAGUGGUUGCAUGGCGUAUUUGAAGAGAGAGUGAAGUGGGCUUUGCCAUACAGCAAGCAUAUAUUUUCAGCUGACAUAGAAACUACUCUCCUCUCUGAGUGCUCUAUCGCUAGCCUGAAAAAGUACGUGAAGCACGAAUCGCAUAUUCUCCAGUUUGUCAAGCAUUUUGGAAGGGUGGUAAACGACUGGCGCUACAAAGAAUUGGAAGCUAACUAUGACAUGGGCCAGCACAUGCCAAGACUGAUGGGAGACGUCAUAAUGCUGAAGCAGGUAAGGGAAAUAUACACGCCCAUCAUUUUAAAAGCAUUUCACCAAGAAUACGAAAACUCUCUCAACAUCUUGAUCAACCAAUGCAUGGAUGCAAUGUCCUCAGUCGAGUAUAAAGUCAGUACAUAUGGUGAGGUUCGUCAGUACACUGUUUUAUACAGCUUAGAAGAUGAUUUAGUUGCUUGCAAUUGUAUGAAGUUCGAGUCUGGAGGAAUUUUGUGUAGCCAUGCACUGAAAGUGCUAGACUAUAGGAAUAUAAAGAUAGUCCCUAGCCGAUAUAUAUUGAAGCGUUGGACCAGAGAUGCAAGGGCAUGAAAUUGAUUUCUAGCUUGUAUUUUGGCAUGGAAAUGUAUCUAUCAUGUAACAACCCUAUACAGUUGUAUAUUCGCUGAUUGUACAGUUGUGGAAAUUAAUUAAGGUUUUAUAAAGUGGUCAAUUGGCUGCUAAUUUAGAUAA